AUGUCUACCAGGAUGCUGUCGCGGGCAGCCGCCCAGCUACACAGUGCCGAAAGCAGGCGGCAUCUACACCUCGCCCUCUCCAAGCGCCUACCAUCCACGGCUGCUCCAUCACCCAUUCGGUCAUCAAGAACAAGACUACCAAGCACCCGCGCGCUCCACACAUCACCAACAAACCACCUCCCACCCGCACCACCCAAGUCUAAAGACCGCGGCCCAGCAAGCAAAGAAGACACCCAAACCGACUUCGGCGCCAUGGACGUCUUCUCCAGCAUGCCCGCCCCAAGCACCGCAAUCGACGCCUGCAUGACCGACGGCUUCGCCCUGAACAGCGGGCUCAAAGUCACGGGCUCCGGGGUGCUACUUGUAGGCGGGGAAGCGUUCAAAUGGAAACCGUGGCAGAACCAAAACAGCAAGAUUUUGAACAAGAAGGGUCAAUUCGACGUAGAUGCACAGGUAUGGGGUAUCAUUGACCUGGUCUGGCCGAAGCCUGAUUUACUGGUUCUUGGGACUGGAGAGAGGAUCGUGCCUGUUUCUCCGGAUACGAGGGCGAGGUUGACCGAGUUGGGGGUCAGGAUUGAGGUGCAGGAUACGAGGAACGCGGCUGCGCAGUUCAAUUUGCUGGCUACGGAGAGGGGAGUGCAGCAGGUUGUUGGCGCGUUGAUACCGGUUGGGUGGCGGGAGGGAAAGUGA